CGAUCGUACAAAUUUUGUUGACAAAUUUGUGGUGAAACAAAGUGAAGAGACUUUCACAAAGUUGCUGUUUUUUCAACUGUGAUAGCCUACAUUAGACAGCAUGGCUGAAUAUAUUCACCAUCUCCGCCGGCUUGACCGGAACAGAGAGUUGAUAGGCAGACGUCAGAGAGGCCUUCGUGACCCAUGAACCCUUUUGAAGUGUAUGAUGAUGAGUCAUUCCGGACCAGGUCCUGGUUUUCCAAAGAGACAGCGCUCUACCUCAUCAACUUGGUGGAUGAAGAGCUGAGGAGGACGACAGACAGAAACAACCCAAUACAUAUACAGGUAGUGACAGCACUUCGAUUCUAUGCUGUUGGGUCAUUCCAAAAGAUGCAUGGUGAUGAGGCACAGCUUUCACAGUCUUCUGUAUGCAGAGUCAUCAAAGACGUGUCAGAAGCGUUUGCGAGAAGAAGGGAACAAUUCAUGAAGUUCCCAACAUCAAGAGAAGAAGUAGAAGCAGCACAGCAGAAGUUCUACCAGUACUGCAGGUUGCCAGGUUUUCUGGUGCAAUUGAUGGGACUCAUGUCUACAUCAGGAGUCCUGGUGGAGAUCAAGCCCUGUAUUUUAUUAAUAGGAACAACAGAUACUCUAUUAAUGAAAUGAAAAUUUUACCUUUUUUCGGAGAUGCCCCCAUUUACUUUUAUUCCAAUUAAUUAAAUAACCGAUAUGGAAUUGGUUCACCCUUUAGUUACUCUGAACGAAACGUACACCCAUGCAGUAAUGUGGUCUGAAACAAUUAGACCGUAUGAUUUGAAAUCUAAUGGUUGAUAUAGUUCGUCCCAAAAACAUUUUUGCAAAAGGUACCAACCACUUUGAAAUGGAAAUGGUCAUCAUCUUCAUCAUCAUCGACCUCAUCACUGAAAUCGUUAUGUGACUGCUUCAUCACCAUCGCCACUGACAACAUCGCUGUCAUCAUUAUCAUCACUAACAUCAUCAUCGACUUCAACAUUGUCUUCGUCAAUAACCUUGAAUACUUGUUUUGAUUAUCCAUAUUAAAUCGUCAAUAUUUAAAUAUA